CAGGGAGAGCUGCAGUGUUAUUAUGCAGGAAACUGCCGAGUCUAUACAGAUCCUGGUUCUGCACAAGUAAGCCUGCUCAUGUGAGACAAGAAGGGAGUUUCUGGAAUCAAGAAUUCAUUCUCAGUGUAGAAGACCUUGCCAGGACCUCACUCCAGAGCUUUGAAGCAGAGGCAAAAGAGACACAGAACAGAACAGAUCUCAGUUUUUGUAAUCAUCUCACACGGACAACAGACAAUGAACAUGCUGCAGGAAUCAUUCUCAUUUGAAGAUUUAUCUGUGGACUUCACCCAAAAGGAAUGGCAGCUGUUGGAUCCCUAUCAGAAGAAUUUAUACAAGGAUGUCAUGUUGGAGAACUAUAGUAGCCUAGUGUCACUGGGGUAUGAAGUCAUGAAACCAGAUGUCAUCUUCAAGUUGGAGCAGGGAGAAGAGCCAUGGGUAGGAGAGGGAGCAGUCCCAAGUUCAGACUCUCCAGAAGAAGCCUGGCAACUAGAUGGUCAUGUGAUGUGGCACCGGGAUAACCAAGACAAGCUUAAAAAUAUGAAAAGAAUUCUUGAAUGUGAUGCAUUUGGAAAAACAUUCAAUCUAAAUAUGAACUUUGUUCCUUUAAGGAACUCAAACAAUGAAGAUAACUUAGAUGGCUUGAUUUUAAAACAUCAUUUAGAUUUGCUUAUUCCAAAAGCAGAUUGUAGAAAAACAGAAUCAGACGACUUUAAUGUAUUUGAUAAAUUGUUUCUCCAUUCCAAGCCUGAGAAAACUGAUACUUGGUUAGAAUACUAUGAAUGUGAUAAAUAUGAUAAAGACAUCUAUAAAAAGUCACAGAUUGUCAUAUAUCACAGAACUCGUUUAGGGGAGAAACUCUAUGAAUGCAGUAAAUGUAGGAAACGCUUCAGUAAGAAAUUAAGUCUCAUUAAACAUCAAAGCAGACAUAUAAGAGAAAUAGCCUAUGGCUGUGGUAAAUGUGGCAAAACCUUUCCUCAGAAGUCACAGUUUGUUACCCAUCACAGAACUCAUACGGGAGAGAAACCUUAUAAUUGUAGCCAGUGUGGGAAAGCCUUCUCUCAAAAGUCACAGCUCACAUCCCAUCAGAGAACACAUACGGGAGAGAAACCCUAUGAAUGUGGAGAAUGUGGGAAAGCCUUCUCCCGGAAGUCACAUCUCAUAUCACAUUGGAGGACACACACAGGAGAAAAACCCUAUGUCUGCAACGAAUGUGGGAGGGCCUUUAGUGAAAAGUCAAACCUCAUUAAUCAUCAGAGAAUUCAUACAGGAGAGAAGCCUUUUGAAUGCAGGGAAUGUGGGAAAGCUUUCAGCAGGAAGUCACAACUUGUUACACAUCACAGAACUCACACAGGAACAAAGCCCUAUGGAUGUAGUGAUUGUAGAAAAGCCUUCUUUGAGAAGUCAGAGCUCAUUAGACAUCAGACGAUUCAUACUGGAGAGAAACCCUAUGAAUGCAGUGAAUGUAGGAAAGCAUUUAGAGAGAGGUCAAGUCUCAUUAAUCACCAGAGAACCCACACAGGGGAGAAGCCUCAUGGAUGCAUUCAGUGCGGGAAGGCCUUCUCCCAGAAGUCACAUCUCAUAUCACAUCAGAUGACACACACAGGAGAAAAACCCUUCGUUUGCAGUAAAUGUGGGAAAGCCUUCAGCAGGAAAUCCCAGCUUGUUAGACAUCAGAGAACCCAUACGGGAGAAAAACCCUAUGAAUGCAGUGAAUGUGGGAAAGCUUUCAGUGAAAAAUUAAGUCUGACUAAUCAUCAGAGAAUUCAUACAGGAGAAAAACCCUAUGUAUGCAGUGAGUGUGGGAAAGCCUUUUGUCAGAAGUCACAUCUCAUAUCACAUCAGAGGACACAUACAGGAGAGAAACCCUACGAAUGCACUGAAUGUGGGAAAGCCUUUGGUGAGAAGUCAAGUCUUGCAACUCAUCAAAGAACUCAUACAGGAGAAAAACCCUAUGAAUGUAGGGACUGUGAAAAAGCCUUCUCCCAGAAGUCACAGCUAAACACACACCAGAGAAUUCACACAGGAGAGAAACCCUAUGAAUGCAGUCUUUGUAGAAAAGCUUUCUUUGAGAAGUCAGAGCUUGUUAGACAUCAGAGAACUCAUACAGGAGAAAAACCUUAUGAAUGCAGUGAAUGUAGAAAAGCCUUCAGGGAGAAGUCAAGUCUCAUUAAUCACCAGAGAAUACAUACAGGAGAGAAACCCUUUGAAUGCAGUGAAUGUGGCAAAGCCUUCUCUCGGAAGUCACACCUCAUACCACAUCAGAGGACACAUACAGGUGAGAAACCUUAUGGUUGCAGUGAAUGUAGGAAGGCCUUCUCUCAGAAGUCACAGCUUGUUAAUCAUCAGAGAAUUCAUUCCGGAGAGAAGCCUUAUCAAUGCAAUGAAUGUGUGAAAGCCUUCUCACAGAAGUCACAGCUCAUUAAUCAUCAGAGAACUCAU